ACUGUCAUCUACUGUACUGUUUUAAAGUCAUAGUCGAACACACACAAGUGCAAAACGAAAAUAUAUAAUAAACUGAAACUGAAAUAAAAAGGAAGCGUAUUCUGGCCGUGCAACUAAAUUUGUAUUUGAAUAAAAUCAGUAAAGCCAAACACUAGAUACACAUCGCAACGCAAUGGAACAGAACAUCAGCCCCGAACAGAGCGGCGGAUCUGGAGGCAGCACCAAACACACCGAUGACUCGAUGCCAGUGAAAGACAAUCAUGCCGUGAGCAAAAGACUGCACAAAGAACUAAUGAACCUGAUGAUGGCCAACGAGAAGGGAAUCUCAGCCUUUCCGGAUGGCGAGAACAUCUUCAAGUGGGUCGGCACCAUUGCUGGACCAUUGAACACUGUCUACGCUGGGCAGACGUACCGGCUGUCUCUGGACUUUCCCAACUCUUAUCCGUAUGCGGCGCCAGUGGUGAAGUUCCUGACAUCUUGCUUUCAUCCCAACGUCGAUUUGCAAGGAUCCAUUUGUCUGGACAUAUUGAAAGACAAGUGGUCGGCCCUGUAUGAUGUUCGCACCAUACUGCUGUCCAUACAGUCACUGCUGGGAGAGCCAAACAACGAGAGUCCACUGAAUGCGCAGGCCGCGAUGAUGUGGAACGACCAGAAGGAGUACAAAAAAUACUUGGACGCCUUCUACGAGAAACACAAGGACACCUAAGCAGAUAUCCGUCACAAUGGUUGUGGCGCCUCGUAGCGGUCCCAUACUGGAUCCGCUACCUCUCAUCCUAUGCUCAUAUUGCGGCGUAUUUAUUUACAUAUAGUGCAAGCGACUCCUCCAUUCAUCUCCCACUCUGACCCCACAUAGUACACAAACCACAAACCCACUCCCUUCAUAUAGUUUCUGACGAUUUUUGUUUGGCAAAUGUGCAUUGUCAUUGAUAGAGACAGAGACAGAGAAAGAACAGAUCAGAUCAGAUAUUCGGAUGAUGUUUAUUAUUAUUAUUUUUUCAAACAAAUUACUGAUUUAUGAAUGUGUCAUGGUAUGGUAAUGAUGUAAUUUUAAAUCUGUCCGUUUUUUAAGCUUAAGCGUAAAUUUUAGUUAAUUGUUUUUAUACAUGAUUUUGAGAUAUGCAAGCAUAGCAAAUCAAUCGAUACCACCCGACUUACAUAUUGUACUUGAUUUGAUUAAUGCGGUUAUGCUGCGCCGGCAAUGAUGUGAAUGUUAGCUAAUUUUAAAAAACAACUCUCCCCGAAAACACCUACUCACUCAUCGUGCAAGUAUUUCUCAAGAUUAUUCUAUGCAGGCCUUUAUUUUCCAUCUACCUAAAUGUAAUAAUAAUAAAUUUUUAGUAAUUCGAAAAUCAUUGUAACUAGUUGAGUUGGCUUGAAAGUUAUUGAAAACCACACAUAAAUAAAACAACAAAAUACUAA